AUGAUAUUUUUACUAUCCAUAAGCAAUCGACUUUCAACUUAAUUGUCUCCUAAAUUGAAGGGAAUAAUCGUAUCCCAAUUAAUCAAGACAUAAUCCUCCCUCUCUAUAUAAGACGCAUUUAUAAGGUAGGCUACUUUACUAUUCAUUUUUAGAUGGUAGGUUAGAACCAACCCUGAAAUUGUAAAGAAGGCUGUUGACAAAAUCCUAUUGAAUUCUAAGUUGAAUUAAUUUAACGCUUUCCACAAACUCAAAUUCUUAUUAGGUACACAACCACCAAAGGAAGUUAGAAUGAAUGCAAAGAAAAAAAAAAAUUUGAGCAUAAUCAAUUUGGCAUUAUUUGUUCAAAAAAAAGAAUUAUAACUCAAAAGAUAGGCAAUUGAAUCAAUUAAACCAACCUCGCAAGAUACAAAUAAAAUGCUUGGCUUACUGAUUUGGUCAAUAAGUUCAAAAUAUAGAGAAAGAUAUUUACGAGAAAAAUUUAAUUGGUGGAAGUUAAUUGCUAAAAUCAAAUCUAAUAAAUUAGAAAAACAACUUAAAGCAUUAGAAAGAUUAGGAGACGAAUAUAAUAUGAGAAAUGAUAGAUUAGAUAGAUAAAGACUAAAAGAAGCAUUUGAAAUUUGGAGAGGAGACUUGUUAAAUUUUAGGUUAAAGAAAAAGUUCUUUGCUGUUCUCCUUAAAACAACAUUCGGAAGAUUGCAAAGAUGUUAUACAAGAUGGGUCGAUUUACCAGAUAAAAGAGAAAACGAUAUUAAGAAAUAAGGAUUAUUAUUAAUUAAUAAAUUAGGAAAUAAAGUAGACUAAAAUAAAAGAUUGGUUUGGAAUGCUUUCAAAGAUAUUCAUGAUGAAGCUAAAAAUAAAAAAACUAAAGUCAUCAGGGAAUUGAUUGAAGUUACAUUCAAUUAAUCUUAUACAGCAUUUUAUAAAUGGGCAAAUUAUAAUACAUAUGCAAAACUAACUGAAACUAAUCUUAAGAAAAUUAAAUCAUUCUAAUAGAGCGCAAAUGUAACUCACUAACUAGUCAAAUAAGAAACCUUUAAGUUGUUUAAUCUUAGUAAAAAGAUGCAAAUCUGUUCAUUUCUUGAUAAAAUUAUUUUGAAGUUGCAAUAAAGAUAAAAAUUAGACUCUUUGAGAUAAAUUGAAAAUUACUGCGUUCAAAAGAAAAUGGAAGAAAAACUUAAAAAUAUAAACAAAUAAGACUUGAUAUCAAGAUUAAAAGAUACAGCCAAUAAAACAGAAAAGGGGUUGCUCAAAUAAGUUUUAAAAAAAUUUUCACUCAAUAGAACAACAUAGGAGAUCAAAAAUAAAUAUUUUGGCAGAAUUCUCUUAUCUAAAAUGGAGGAAACCUUACCUAAUCCCAAUGAUAUAAAUAAUAUUUAAAAAGCUUCUAAGUUUUAAAUUAAAUUGUAGAUGUUUAUCACAAAUAAACGUAAAUAAGCAUAUGAUCCUUUAAAAUAUCUUUAUUAUGAUGCAUUGUAAAAGAAACGAUUUUGUAUAAGAUAAUUAUUCUCAGUUACAAUGAGCGCUCCUUAGAGAUAUUUAAAAUAAUGGCAGAAUGUAGCCAAAGUAUAUAAAUCAGUUGUAGCAUGUUAAAAAACAAAUAAUUUAUUUUAUUCUCUAGCUUUGAUAAUACAGUCCAAUCUACUAACGUUCGUAUAGAACAAAAAAGAUGUAGAUAUUAAAGAGAAAUGCAUCUAGAAAAUUUUAGCAUCUUAACAUAGUAAUUUAGCCAUAGCCUUUUUUAAAUGGAAAAGUCAUAAUAAAUAGGAGUAAAUUUUGGAAAGAUUAGGGGAUGAGAAAAUGAAAUUUCUAAUUCUAAAUUUAAAGAAAUUUUUAGAAAAUGAUAAAAAGUAGAGAUUAAGAAGAGCUUUAAAUCUAUUUCAUUAAAAACUUUAAGUAGCAUAAUAGAUAAAGAAAAUAAAUCUUAGAUUAAUGUAAACUGUAGUUGGAUAAGUGAGUUCGAGCUUUUAGAAAUGGAAGUAUUUACCAGAAGAUAAGGUGAAUGGAUCAACUGCAAAAGUAAGUAAAUUUAUGAUAUCUCUUGGAAGAGUUGCUUAUAGGUUUGUAAAAGUUAAUUCAUGGAAUAUUAUGGAAGAUUAUCUUUUAGAUGGAUAAGCUAAAAAGAAAUAUUGUAUAAAUAAAAUCAUCUCUGUCGGCUAAAGUGAUUUAAAAACAGCAUUUCUAAUUUGGCAUAGAAGAUCAUGGGAAAUGAAGAUGUUUGAUUAGUUUUCAUAAUUGAAUGUUACAUUGAAUGAUGAAAUAAUUAAAUAAAGAUUAAUUAAUUGGAUUAAUUCCGGCAAUAAAGUGAAACAUUAUGCAUUGAUUGAAAUUUUAAAGAGAUUCCAUUAAAAUGCAGAAUCUCAUAACUUAAGAAGGAAAGCGUUAGCAAUAAUACAUAGAAAUACAAUCUCUUAAGUUUGGAUAUCAUUUAAUAAAUGGAAGCAAAUCCCUGAACAUGAUUAUUCAUAAUUAACAAAGGUUACUAAAUUUGAAUAAUCUAUUAAUCGUUUCUUAAUUCGUCAAGCAAAGAAAAAGACAUGGAAUCCCUUAAAUGAAAUAUAUGAUGAUGCACUAGCAAUAAAAAAACGAGCAGUUUUGCUCCUUGUGAAAACAUAAGAAUCAGAACAAUAACAGGCUCUUAGCAAGUGGAAUAAGAAUGUGGCUUUGAUUUAGGAAGUUGAGAGAUGCAAGAGUGUUAUAUUGCUAUUUAAAUUUGUGGGUGAUCAAAUAUAAUGUAAUUUAUAAAUUAUGCAACCCAAUCAAGAGUCAAGAUUAAAAGAAAAAGCAUUGUUGAAAAUAAUUGGAGGUAAUUAUGAUAACAUUAGAUAUUUUUUUAUGAGAUGGAGAAAUUAUUUAAAAUUUGAAAGAUUACAAGCAAUCGAAGGAGAGAAAAAAGAAUUUCUGAUUCGCUAGAUUGGAUUUUUUUAUAGAAAUAACAUGAAAUCUAAAUUGAGAUUGGCAUUGUCUAAAUUCAAAAGAAAUUCAGUUCUUAGUGCAGUUUAAUAGAAGUUUUUUUCAAGAUUAUUUUCUACUAAGUUUGGAGGAGCAAUUGUGGCAUUUCAGAAAUGGAAAAAUCUUCCUGAUAUCUAAAAUUACGAAAAUGUAAAAAAGGGAAGAAGAUUAGAGAAAUUGUUGGAAAACCUAUAUAGAGGCAGAAUCAAAUUAUCAUAUGAUCCAUUAAAAGAUGAAUAUUAAGAAGCUAUGAAUAAGAAGAUGCAUUGCAUAAGAAAAUUAAUCAUCUUAGGCAUGGGAUCAAAUAAGAGAUUGUUUUUAUCAUGGAGAAAUACGAAUAGGUUAUUGAAAUCAAUUGAAACUUGCAAGUAAACUACAAAUUUCUUUUAAACUCUUUCAUUGACAUUGUCUGGAAAUGUCUAAGUCAUUUUUAAGACUAAUCAACUUUAAGAAAAAGUCUUUGAAAAAAUGUUAUCUUAAUACAACAAUUUAUUAAGAUGGGCAUUCAUCAAAUGGAAUAAUUAAGCUAAAUCAGAUAGGAUUGCCUCAUUGAUGGAUAAAGAGACAAGAAAGUUUCUAUUAUUUGCACUUUAAAGAAAUUUAAAACAUAAUAAAAUUGGGUAAUUAAGAGAUAUAUUGAGAAAUUUUAAUGAUCGUCGAAAUAGAAUAAAUUUAAUUAAAAAAAUACAAUUGAAGUUUUUACAUACUUUUGCAGGUUAAGUUGAAACCUCCUUUUUGAAAUGGAAACAAUUACCAGAUUCAUCUAAUCUCAAAUAAGCAUCAAGAUUUGAAUAAAAAUUGAACUCAUUUAAAAUAUAAAUUCUUAGAAAGAGUAGUUUUAAAUAUUUACAAAAUAUUUAUUAGGAUGGAUAAGCAAAAUAAAAAUAUGCUAUCAAUAAAUUGAUGUUUAAUUGUAUGAGUGUGGAAAAGAAGGUUUUCUUAUAAUGGAAUAAAGUAAGUGAAUUGCAAAAGACUGAAGAAAGAGCUAGCAAAGUUAUGGGUUUCUUUGGCUCAAUAAAUAAAAUUUAAUAAAAUCAUAUGUAUUUCUUCUUUGAGGAUUAGAUUAAAGAAUUGAAAAAGCAAGAGGAACUAGUUAGACUAUUAAAAGAAUGGGAAGAAAUGUUCAAAGAUUCUUAUUAGAAAUGGAAAUAGACUCAAGCUAAAUUAGAUUUAUUGGCUAGUCAAAAUAGAUAGAAAUAAAAGUUUUCUAUAAUUGAAAUACUUAAGGAUUAUAUUUAAAAUAAAAAGAAUUACAAUUUAAGAUUGAUUUUAAGAAAGUUUAGCAAUUCAAAUAAAAGUCAAAAGGCAGUAAACAAGUUUUUAUUAGGAAUAUCACAUUCAUCAAUUGGUUAAUUACAUAACUCAUUUUAAAUGUGGAGGAGAUUGCCUGAACCAUAGAAAACUAAAUAGGGAUAUAUAUUUGAAAAGAAAAUUUUCAGUUUAUUUAGAAAAUAACUAUUAUAAUCAUUCGAUGGCUUAUAAGAUAUCUAUUUUUAGGCAUUAAAUAAAAAGCGAAGAGUUGUAUUAUUAUUAGUAAGAACCACUAAAUCAUAAUAAUAAUAAGCAGUACAAAGGUGGCGAGAUGCGUUAAAUUAAAUGAAUUAAUAAGAAUUAUAGAAUGUUUAAGAAAACAGAAAGUUAGCUAUACAACUCUUUUAUUAACACAAAAUGAAUUAGUUGAAUGUGGCCUUCAUUGAAUGGAGAGACACUAUAAGAUUACAUACAAAUAAGUAAGAAAAUAAGACACAAAGGGAUGAAAGAUUAAAAAAAGAAGCUAUUUUAUUGUUCCAAAAUUAUGCUUAUGUGAGAUUAAGAGUUUAUUUCACUUAAUGGAAGAUAAGAGCAGUCAAAAGAAAUAUGAUAUAGAUUUGUUAAGCAAUCUAAAGAAUGAUAUAAUUAAAUAGAUUUGCUGAAAAGGCUAUGAAGAAAUAUGUUAUGGAUAUUUGGAAAGGACAGCCUUCCAAGAAUAAAUGGUUUAAGAGAGUAGCUGAUAUCAUCGCGAAGAAUUCCAAAAUUAGUAAAUAAAUAGCUUAUUGGAGAAUGAGAGAUAACUUGAAUUAAAAAGCAGUUGGGUUAUCUACUCAAUAAAUAAUUAAAUGCAAGAAGCUAUUCAAUAAUUUAUUUAAAGCUUUUGAUAGAAUCAAGCAAAGAGCAUUUACCCUUUUAGAACAUUAUGGUAAAGGCAUACCCGAUGAUACUUCAUUCUAACCUUCACAAACUAGUUUCCUUCAAUAGACUCCUAUUAAGAAAAUAAAGGAUACUUUCUUUAAGUCAGAUUUCGAUUCGAUCCUAUAGAAGAAUGGUCAAAAGAUGGCACUUAAUGCUAUUUCAAGAGUAGUUAAAGUGUAUUUCAAGUAGAGAUUUAUUGAAUUAAUGAUUGAAUUGGGAGAUUAGAAACUAAGAAAAGUUUCCACACAUAAAAAAAAGGGAGCAGAGAAAUUAUUUGCAAUUUUAGAACAGAACUUGAAAUUGAAAAAAUAAGUCAUUUGCUAUUAAAUAUCAUAAGUUAAUGAAUAAGGAGUAUUGAAUUAGAUCAAUGAAAUUAUUAAUUAUCAAUAAUCAACUUAGAGUAGUAGUAGAUUAGAAUCAAGUUAAUUGAAAGAGCAAUAGCUAAAACUAAAUGAAAAAGAAAGAAUGUUAGAGGGUUGGCAAGAGAAAUUAAGAUGCGUGGCAAUUAAUAGAUUAAUCAAAGCUUUAGAAAGAUGUGAGGAUCAUUUUGUUGAGGAUGCUUUUGUUGCCAUUUCUGAAUACUAACUUAAAUGA